AUGGGCGACGGCACAUCACCAUCACCCAGUUCAUCAGAAGACCAUGUUGAACUGACCAGCGACAGUGGGACGGGAUCUGCUUACCAUACAGUCGAUGAGCUGAAACCCUUAUCCUCAAAGGCUCCAUCUCCAUGUCCUUCUGAAGCUGGCCCUGUAUCGGCUUCUACAGCCUUACCUCUAGGUGGCUCGGCCUCCCAACAACAUAGGAUGUCUCCCCUUAAACGCACAGCUUCUGAGCUCAAUGAAAAAGAGCCCAGCCUACCCUCAAAACGCCGUAAGGGCGCCUUCAACAGCGCGUACAUGGAUCUGUUGAACAGAGACAUUGAGGACGCUGCAAAUCGUCUCGUACUUGAAAAGAAGCAACCGUACGAGCAACGAUUCAGGCAAUCCCAGGUCGGACUUGCCAUCUGGACACCCCUGGAGAAAGAGCUUCUCUUCGAAGCUGUCUCCCGGCUGGGGCGAGACGACUUACCUGGCAUCGCCUCGAGGAUUCGAACCAAGAAUCAGAUGGAGGUUCACCAGUACAUCAAGCUCCUCGACGGCACCCUUCACGAUAUGCGAGACAACUCUGGCCAUCAUAGACGGGACGACAUACCAGACAUGGCCGACUACCCAGCUGCGAAGGAGUUGAGCCAUGAAUGCUGCCUAGCCCUCGAAGAGGCCGCCGCCGACUUGUCUCUGCGUAUCGAACGCCACGAAAAGAGAACCGAAGAGAAGAAAUGGGGGGAGCACUGGCUGAUUGAUGCCGACCUUGCUCGGCGCCUCGGUGGAAAUCGAGGCCAUGACGCCGAAGACCGCCUCGAGUUCGCCCGGCUGUUCAGGUGCCCGGUUUGGUUGGAACUUGCCGAGGACGUCUUUAUGAAUUCCGCCGACCCUGAGAACAACUGGCGCUCAAUCCAGGACGGACAGGGCCCCAGCAUCCGCGCCACGGCUUUCGAAGAUUUCCACUCCCUGGCCAUCUCUCUCACCCGCAAGCUUGUCAUCUCGACCUUGUACAUCGCCCAGUCGAGGAUCAAGGCGAAGCAGACUAUCCAUCCUAACACUCGAAACGUGGUCAAGUCCAGCGAUGUCGAAGCAGCCGUUGCAUCUCUUAGGUUGAAGCCGAACACACGGCGUUUUUGGACGACUUGCGCCAGACGUCUUCAGCUCAAGGUACACGACGUCGAUACUGCUUCCGAGGAACCGGACGACGGUGAGAUACGAGAUGAUUCCGCCACGGACGAUCUCGAAGCAGGCAGGUCUUCCUCCCCCGACGAUGGGAGUCAAAGGCAAGAGGGAAGUGGAGAUGAGGAAGCAAGCGGAGAGGAUGAAGGAACCGAAAAAGAAGAAGAUGAUGAAGAUCUCCAGGUUCACGAAGAAGCCAAGGAGCUCCUCGUCUAUUCAACUCACGCGGUGCCCCAAGUCAAGCGCUCCUGGGAAGCCGUUGAAUUGCGCAUCAAAACGGAGCGCCACCACGAGGCGUACGCUGAAGCCGUCGACGCUGCUGCGAGCUUCGACGAGGAAACAGAGAUGUGGAGGGUGUUGAAGCGCCCAGCACCCAACCCUGCGACGAGACCGGCUAUUCCGAAGCGUCCGCCCAAGGCGACUACAGGACUGAGGGACAUCCUUGACUACGGGGAUCGCUGGAGGGAUAAGUUGGCCUACGCAAGUGAGUGGGAGACCCUUGGGCAACCUAGGCUCCCAAGUACGGAGACAUGA